UCAUUCGCUCUAAUGGACAUCAUACUUACACUGUCUGAAUUUUGUGCGAUUCACCAUAUAGGAAAUAGUGAGUGUGUGUGAACAAGUGACUGAUUUCAGACGCAGCUUCAGCACUUAAAUCAUUUAUAAAAUGAGCGCGCUGUUGUGACAACGUUUACCUCGGAAGCUAAAAUCUUGAAAACAACGUGUUUUUCGCCUCAUCACUGCGCGCAAUUAGCGCAGACAGCUAAUCUGCUAACUCGUGCGCUUCAUCACUGCACACGGUUAGCACAGUCAGGUAAUCCCCGUUUUAUGAGUAUGUUUCAUCCACGUGGUUGUAAUUUUAUCAUGUCUGCAUAUUACAAUUGCGUCAUACUUAAGGUUAAGAUCACUUAAUAGCAGAUAUAAAGAACGAUAUUGAGAAAAUACAUGUUUAUAAUGUUUAAGGUGGGUAUAAUCAAUGUAAUAGUCGCUAUUAUGGAGAUAGAACGUAAACCUGCAGUGUUCAGCUGUAUGAAAUUAGCUCUGUAACCUUCAGACGUGAUGGUAGGCUCUCUGACACAUUUGGACAACGACAUUGUCACUGACCCUCGCUAUCUGCGGUCUGCACCCGGAUGACAUGCACGGAUUGUAUGAAGCUCUAACACAAAUCUGCUUGAUUCUUGUAAGGUUGUCAUCAGAAGUCCAGACGGACGGCUAUGAUCUUUCUCUGGGGCACGCCGUGCAGACUCUAAUAUCAUCUUCACGCCUGGAGUGUGUGUAUGGAUCCCACAGGACACAAGUACUUCGGUACUGUGGAUUAUGUCAUAUUUGCUUUGCUGCUGAUCGCCUCUAUGACCAUCGGGCUGUACCACGCCUUCACCGGAGGGCGUCAGAGGACCACGCAGGAGCUCCUGUUCGCUGAUAGGAAGAUGAAGUGCCUGCCUCUCUCUCUGUCCCUCAUGGCCACCUUCCAGUCGGCCGUGGCCAUCAUUGGCACGCCAGCUGAGGUCUACACCAACGGCACGCAGUACUGGUUUAUAGGCUGCUCUUAUAUUCUGGGUCUCUUGAUACCGGCACACAUUUUCAUCCCUGUGUUCUACAGACUUCACCUCUCCAGUGCCUACCAGUAUUUGGAGCUGCGUUUCAGUAAAGCCGUCCGUAUAUGUGGCACAGUCACGUUUAUUUUUCAGAUGGUCAUUUAUAUGGGCGUCGGUAUCUACACCCCCGCUCUUGCGCUGAAUGCAGUUACAGGUUUUCAUUUAUGGGGAGCAGUUUUGGCCACUGGAUCAGUGUGCACUCUGUAUACAGCACUAGGUGGACUGAAGGCAGUGGUCUGGACGGAUGUUUUUCAGACGGUGGUGAUGUUCACCGGUCAGCUGGCCAUCAUCAUCGUGGGCGUACAGCAGGCCGGUGGUCUGUCUGAUGUCUGGGUUAAAGUCAGAGAUGGCGGCCGUAUCUCAGGGAUCGAUCUCGAUCCAGACCCGACGGUGAGACACACGUUUUGGACGUUAGGGGUCGGAGGAGUGUUUCUGAUGCUCUCUCUGUAUGGGGUGAAUCAGGCGCAGGUCCAGCGGUACCUCAGUUCUCGCACGGAGAGAGAAGCUGUCAUGUCGUGCUAUAUGGUGUUUCCCUGUCUUCAGGUGGCUUUAACGCUCAGUUGUUUAAUGGGACUGGUCAUGUAUGCGUGUUACGGCGAUGAAUCGAAGCCUUACGUCAGGUCUACAGACCAGAUGGUUCUUUACUUUGUUAUGGACAUGUUGCAAGACUUUCCUGGACUGCCGGGAUUAUUCGUGGCAUGUUUGUUCAGCGCGUCUCUAAGCACAAUCUCCUCAGCGUUUAACUCGCUGACCGCUGUGACCAUGAUGGAUCUCAUUAAACCCCAUUACUCCAUGAGCGAGUCCAGAGCCACUCUGCUAUCUAAGAUUCUGGCUUUAUCAUAUGGAAUUAUAUGUCUUGCUGUGGCUUAUGUCGUCCAUUUGAUGAACAGUUCUGUUCUACAGGCUGCUCUCAGUAUCUUUGGGAUGGUAGGAGGGCCGCUGUUGGGUCUCUUCUGUCUUGGAAUCUUCUUCCCAUGUGCUAACAGCAUUGGAGCUCUAAUAGGACUCGCUGCAGGUCUGGUCAUGGCCUUCUGGAUUGGCAUUGGUGGGUUUUUGGCUCGGAUGUCCAUCCCUGUAGAGGUUUCUCUACUCAACUUUACUACCACCGGACCUGAUGUUUCUGACAACAUCACAGCUGUGACAGCCACCAUAGACUCUGCCCAUAAUGAAAGCAGUGGACCUUUAGGGCUGCAUGGGCUCUAUUCUCUGUCGUACAUGUGGUACAGUGCGGUCAACUCCUGCACCGUGGUACUCAUUGGACUCAUUUUUAGCUUCGUGACAGGUCCGACUAAAGCAAAUGACAUCACCUCCGGCAUAGUUUAUCCUGUGGUGGGCAAUGCACAAUCCCUUCUUCAACAUCUUUUGAAGCCCAGCGUUUGCUGUAGUUCGCCUCCUGAGCUCAGGCAGAUGGAUGGACAUAAGGAAGCUAACGGCAACGUAAAGGAGGAAAGUGCUACAGCUCAAGAGAGAGAAACGUUUCUCCCGUCACACCCGACGUCGUGUGUGGAGCACGAGACUUCAGUGUAGUACAAUGCAUGUCACAGCAGUAUUCAUUAUUCUGUAAACUAACACUAUAGAUGUUGUAGAUAUUUUGUACUUUAAUGAUGUAAUAAAUUACAGGGAUGUGUACAUUUUCAGUCGAUCUGUAAUUAUUUUGGUAAUUUAUAGGAAACCGUAUGUGUCUGAUGUAAUUGUUCAUAUUAUGCUAUACGUGCGUUUCAUGAUGCAUCCUUUUGUAUUUCUAGCUGCUGUACUGUAUAUAAAACCAGAGAAAUGAUUUUUUAUCACAUACACCAGAUGCCUGUAAUGGAUGAAUCUGAAUGAUGAGGAUUUUUCACUUUUUCAAUAAAGGCAUAUACAGUAUGUGCAUCAUUCACGGCUUCUGUCAGUGCUCUUUAUCUUACAGAAAAGAGGUCAAAUAUGGUCAUUUCGGGAUACUCACGGGUGGUUUUGACUUAGUUAUUGUGAAAUUAUUUCA